UUGUUCCUACAAGAAAUGGAGGGUCUAAAAUGUAUAAAACUCAUAUAUAAAGAACCACCGUAUCCAUAUCCUAGUACCAUCUCCUCAUUCUAUUUUUGGUUCAUUCCUGCAAUGGCUAGUUCAUCGUUUUUUCGUGUUCUAUGCAGCUCGAUUAUGUUAUUACUUCUUCCCAUGCAUAUAAUCUCAUCCGAUCCCGAUCCGCUGCAAGAUUUCUGCGUUGCAGACUUGAAAGGUUCUGUCUCUAUCAACGGCUUCCCUUGCAAACUUGCAGCAGAAGUAACCUCGGAUGAUUUUUUCUUCACUGGUUUGAGCAAAGAGGGCAAUACAACAAACAAGUUUGGUUGGGCUGCAACUCCAGCUAAUGUUCUUGCAUUUCCCGGCCUUAAUACCCUCGGAAUUUCGAUGAAUCGGGUUGAUUUUGCCCCCGGUGGUCUGAAUCCUCCUCACUCGCAUCCGCGUGCUACUGAGACAGGAGUGGUGAUUCAAGGGAAGCUUCUUGUUGGAUUUGUGACGACUAGUAAUGUGUUUCAUUCUAAAGUUUUGAGUCCUGGGGAGAUGUUUGUUGUUCCUCGUGGACUUGUUCAUUUUCAAUUAAAUGUUGGAGAAGGUAAGGCUCUACUUUUCACUGCCUUUAACAGUCAAUUGCCUGGUUCUGCAGUUGCUUCAACAACUCUUUUUGCUUCAGCACCUGAAAUUCCUAAUCAAGUCUUGACUAAGGCCUUUCAAGUAGAUGAUGGUAUAAUCAAUACAAUCAAAUCCAAGUUUCGAUCUUAAGCAUUCUUGAAAAUCAUCGUCUAUGUUGCACGAAAACUUAUCGAGCGUUACGUUUCGGACAUUUCAUUUCCAUUUUUGCAAACGUUUCUAAAAUUUCGACACUUAUAUUUAUAAAAUGAUUUCACCGUUUUCUAUUGCAACGUUUUCGUGCUAACAUAGGUGAUGGUUACUUUUGUUGUACAUAAUAAUAAUACAAAGAUAUCAGAUUGUUGAUUUCAAUAUCAACCAGAUAUAUUGGAGAUACGAAGUGAAAAUAACAAGCAAUAUUGUAACUUUCAUGGUUAAUACGAGUUCUUUUGUGCACUAUAA